AUGGCGGAGGGACCACAGACGAUAUGGCAGAAGAUCGACAACUCCACCAUUCCCAUGAUAAACCUCGAAGUGCGAGAGGUACGCGAGAUACUAUGGGAGAAAAUAAAGGAGCCAACAUCCCAGAGAAAAAUUAUAUUAGUGAUUGUGUCCAUUGCCCUGUUGCUGGACAAUAUGCUGUACAUGGUCAUAGUGCCGAUCAUACCGGAUUAUUUGCGAUAUAUUGGUGCGUGGGGAGAAGCAGGUAUGGACCACGUGGUCACCUUGCCGCCGAUAAAAGAAGGUAAUACAACUGUAAUACCAACAAUGAUCAUACCAGCGUCUCACGAAGGCCAGGACUCGGCAACUGGCGUCUUGUUUGCGUCUAAAGCAAUAGUACAGCUUAUGGUUAACCCAUUCUCUGGUGCCUUAAUUGACCGUAUAGGCUAUGACGUACCUAUGAUGAUCGGACUCAUUAUUAUGUUUCUGUCCACCUCAAUUUUCGCUUGUGGCCGAAGUUACAGUAUGCUCUUUUUCGCGAGAAGUCUUCAGGGUGUUGGCUCUGCAUUUGCAGAUACAUCAGGCUUGGCCAUGAUUGCCGAUAGAUUCACUGAAGAGAACGAGAGGUCAAAAGCUCUUGGAAUUGCCCUGGCCUUCAUCAGUUUUGGAUGCCUCGUUGCACCUCCAUUUGGCGGUGCUCUUUACCAGUUUGCAGGAAAGGAAGUUCCAUUUUUAAUCCUUGCGCUUAUUUCCUUAAUAGACGGAUUUAUGUUACUUUUGGUAAUGAAGCCGUUGAAAACACAAAUGAAGGAGGCAAAUGAACCUAAACCGAAUGGCACACCCAUUUGGAAACUUUUAAUGGACCCUUAUAUCGCAGUUUGUGCAGGAGCUUUGAUGAUGUCAAAUGUUGCCCUCGCAUUUUUAGAGCCGACGAUUUCUCUCUGGAUGGAAGACAACCUGACAAAGGAAAACUGGAAAAUCGGUAUGAUAUGGCUGCCCGCAUUCUUUCCACACGUUCUUGGAGUCAUCAUAACUGUAAAGAUGGCAAGAAAGUAUCCUCAACAACAAUGGCUUAUGGCUGCCGGUGGUCUUGCCCUAGAAGGUCUAUGUUGUUUCAUUAUACCUUUUGCAAACUCUUACAAGAUGUUGAUGAUACCUAUUUGUGGCAUUUGCUUCGGCAUAGCAUUGAUUGACACUGCCCUGCUGCCCACUCUUGGCUACCUGGUCGACGUGCGAUAUGUGUCUGUAUAUGGCAGCAUUUACGCCAUCGCUGAUAUAUCUUAUUCCUUCGCCUACGCCGUUGGCCCGAUCAUAGCCGGGGAGGUUGUUGAGAUGAUAGGUUUCACGGCGUUAAAUCUUUUUAUCGCGUUCAGCAACUUGCUGUAUGCACCAGUACUCAUGUACCUCCGUCAUAUUUACGACUUUAAGCCGUUCGAAAACGAGGCGAAUAUCCUCAUGUCUGACCCGCCGGACAAAGAAUACCAAACCUACAGUAUGCAAGACCAAAAACCUGUGAAUGGCGAUUUCAAAAACCAUUUGGAGUACUCUAACGUAUCCGGUCAGGUGGACACAGUGCAGGAGUCGAACGUCGAUGUGAGCGCUGGCGCUGAUCAAUACCAAGGUAGCUACCAGAACUACAGCCAAGGGUACGAGCAGCAGCAAGCCUUCCAACAGCCGGAGACUCAUACUCCGGCCAGACAGCUUCCAGCUCAGCCGCAGCCGGCAGCGAGCAACCCCUUCCGCGCUUCGGUAGCACCGGCGCCGGCCUCGACCCCCGCACCGAAAGCCCCCGCCCCAGGCCCCGUGAGGAACCCAUUCCGGCAAGGCUUC